AUGACGACCAACGAGUUCUUGAACUGGGGGAACAAGCAUCUGCAGCCAUCGCUCAUCAGGGACGAGUAUGAGCGGUAUUGCAAAUCUGAGCGGGUGUAUGGGUUCACAAGCGCAGUCUCAUGGUGGCUAGAAGAGACGCAGCGGAAAAAUUACCCCAACCUGAGCAAAAUGGCCGUUGAUAUACUAUCAAUUCCUGCAAUGUCUGCCGAGCCUGAACGGCUCUUCUCUGGGGCGAAGAUCACCAUCACGGAUCGUCGAAAUCGACUGGGGAGGGAUGUGAUUGAAGCGCUAGAGUGUUUGAAGUCAUGGCUUGGGCUGCAAGAUAUUCAGGAGAGUGGUCAUACUAAUGUCGGUCACAGCGCUAAUGCGCGUGGCCUCAUGUCCGGGAUCUUGCAGCAAGGCUACUCUCUCGGCUACGUCUUGGCUGCGUGCGCCAACCUCGGCGUGGGGGGCAUCGGCAUGACGACAAGCAAUGACAAGGAUGCUCGUACUGAUCAGAGCGACCAUUCUAUAGCUGGAAUCUCCAUAGCGGUUGGCCUCGUCCGCAUCCUAUUCCCCGAGUCGAAGCAGUUUCUUGAGGCCAAGAAAGCGGGCAAAAAGACUCUCUCACCAGGAGCCUUCUGGCGCGACGUCAAGAAGAUGCUCGGGCAAGAGUGGAAGAUGUGCAUAUACUGCAUCGUCCUCAUGACCUGGUUCAAUUACUACUCGCACACGUCGCAAGACUCGUACACAACUUUCAUGCUGACGCAAAAGGAGCUCAGCAACGCUGGCGCGUCACGGGCGUCCAUCAUCAUGAAAGCGGGCGCCUGCGUGGGUGGCUGCAUCAUAGGCUAUCUCAGCCAGUUCGUCGGCCGGCGGCGCGCCAUCAUCGUCUCGGCGCUCAUGUCUGCGAUCCUCAUCCCUGCUUGGAUUUUGCCUGAGAGCGAGCGCGCGCUCAGUGUGACGGGCUUCUUCAUGCAAUUCUUCGUGCAAGGUGCUUGGGGCGUCAUCCCCAUCCACCUCAAUGAGCUAUCGCCCGUUGCCUUCCGCUCGACGUUCCCCGGCGUUACCUACCAGAUCGGGAAUAUGAUAUCGUCCCCCUCGGCACAGAUUGUCAACGCUGUGGCCGAGAAGACCUUUGUCACGCUCGGGAGCGGCCGCCGCGUUGAAGCGUACGGGCCCACCAUGGGCAUCGCCACUGCCAUCAUCGCCCUCGGUAUCAUCGUUGCGACCAUGCUGGGGCCCGAGAGGCUCGGCCGUAGCUUCGAGUACAAGGUUGCGGGAAUCGAGAGCGACUCAGCGAACAACAGUGAUCGGAAUGGUCUGGUCUGGUCUGGUCUGGACACCUGGACCAGACCAGACCAGGUGAGACGCUGCAGACCUACUGGGUUUGCUCGAAAUGUGAUGAACGCGGGAAGAGCUCGAUGUUCGUCGCGUCGAACACUACGUCGCCAAUUGAGCACCUGCGAAGGUAUUUGGCUUUCGUAUUAG